AUGGAAGGUAAACCCAGUGGAGCUUUCUUUCACCCAAGGCGGUCCUUUCUACGGCAGGACUCGUCUGUGUUACCAGAAAGCUACGAGCAAGCGCCCCAAGAAGAUCACGAGUUCCAGACAUACGACUCGCCAGAAUGGGAGGAGGCGCGGCUGGGACUGAACAUCUCCGGCAUCCCGACAGUCAAACGUGUCCCUGUCGGCUCCAAAGCUCCAUCCUACACGAGCAAAGAUGGCCUGUCUGCAACCCUUGUGACAACUCCCGAAUCAUUGCUCCCUAGCACAAACCGUGAUAGUCCUCACCAGGGUACUGGUUCCAGGGCUGCAGAUGCAAGAUCAUGGACGUCAGAUCGAUCCUCCUACAGCCGACUCAACCAGCAAACCUCGCAGGACUUCUCUGCAGAAUCAGGACUCAUUCAUACCCACAGCCAUUUCGAUGAGAACUGUCCAACAGAUGGUGACAUUUUGACGAGCCCAUGGUCGUGGUGGACCAUCUCCGUUCUGGCGCUGGCGGUUUAUUCCACGGUAUUGUCUGGAGUAUUCCUCGGUAUCGCGUUUGCAAAGCCCAGAUGGGGCGAGUCAAUCGGUACACACGGACACAUCUCCUUCGCAAACGCUACUCUUCUCAGCGCCCUUAUGUCGAAGACGGUCGAACUGUCGUUCGUCACAAUCUUCGUUGCACUACUUGGUCAAAUGUUGAGUCGACGUGCCUUCGCCAAGGAGAACAAGAACGGCGGCAUCAGUAUUGCCGAGAUGACGAUGAGAUCGUGGGUGAUGCAACCUGGAACGUUGAUCACGAAUUGGAUAGCAGUCCGAUAUGCCGCUUCUACCAUUGUUGGCAUUCUGGUCUUGAUCGCCGCACUGGCCGCCACUUUCUACACUACAGCAGCUGAGGCUCUUGUAGCACCAAAACCAAAAUUUGGCCGCCUCGAGCAUCGGACCCUUUACGGCAGGGUCGCCGCAUCCUACGCAAAUGCUCCGUACCUCGCUGGCAGGUGCCAGAGUCCCAUUCACGGCAAAGGGAUCGACCCCAGCUUGGGUUACGAUGUCGAGGGAGACACUUGUCUCCAAAUCGAUUAUGCGGGUCAAAGCUAUCACAACUUCAAAACAUUCCUAGCAGACUGGUCCCGGCGGCUCGAUGUCGGCAACUUGAGCUCUGACCUCAGUUCUAUUGUAGGCCGCCCUCCGCCCGUCAGCACCCUCUUCGACAACACGACAUUGCUCGGUCAAUGGAUCACCCCAAGUCAUGAGAAUGUCACAGUCGACUCCUUCAAGCACCAGCGUUUCGUCCAGAACGUCACGCUAGCCAUGCCGCAUGCAAACCUCUUCAAUGCCGCUCGGGAUCCAAAGAACCACAUCUUGCAACCCGAGGACCUCCAAGGGAACGGCGAGUACUCUAUCCGAGCGGCGAUCCCUGCACCCAUGAUCAACGUCUUAUGUGUCGGGAUGGAUGAGACAGAGGUGGUGCCUAUGAUCGUCGAUCCUUCCAACAUCACUGACCCUGCGACAUUUUACGUGGGUCCAACCGUCGUUGACGACAUAUUUGGCUUCGGGAACGGGAGUGCGCCCGAAAUUCAACAGCCGCCAUUCUUCUCAAAGCUUCCUUCGCCAUAUAACAUUCUAGGCUUCAUAUCGAGCGGCUAUGGUUACCCUGCGGUGUACAUUCUCGCCGCGCCCCCUCCCGAAGGCGCGAGAGAGUCAUAUUUACCUUAUAUGGAUUACAUGCUGUGCUCUGUCAGAUCUGCACAGUAUCGCAAUUGCACCACCUACUAUCACGUCGCCCAGUCUGGUGGUCAGAUGUCUGUUGAAUGCGACAACAGCACAGGAAACACGUUCUCCUAUUUCGAAGCGGUCCCAGGGGCAACAGUCGGUCAUUGGGAAACAGAUUGGAAAGACAUGGGGGCAGAGUGGCUGCGCGCUGUCUCCUUGAACUCCGGGGUGUACAACGCCAAUGCUUCAAACGACCGCAUUCUCACACAGUUCAUUCCGCCGUAUUCCAAUGCUUCCGGUGCUGACGUAUACACAUACCUCCCCAUCAACUUGCCUACGCUGGGAGAAGCCCUAGCUGUGUUGGCGAGCAGCACCGCUGUUUUAGCAUCCUCCACAGCACCAUUCAUUCACUACUGGAACUACUCGGAGCAGAUGCUUGAGGAGCCACAGUAUGAGGACUUCCGAGCGAUGCUCAGUUACAAAGAUUAUGCAUCGGGCGGAACGCAGGAUUGGCAAGGUCUUUUCUACGUGGUACUAGUCGCUGUCUUCCUGCUCAGUCUCUUCAGCCUCAUUUACCUGAUGUGGACUUUUUGCUUGCUUGGCCGAGUCACUGACUACACCGAGCCACAAAAUCUGUUCGCGCUGGCCAUCAAUUCUCCGCCUUCCAGCACCAUGUCUGGGACGUGUGGAGCAGGACCCAGUGGUGGGCUUCUGGCCAAGAAGUGGGAAGUUGAUAUGCAGAAGUCAGGCAGCAGUCCGAUGGAUCGACAUGUGCAUCCUCACUUCUAUGUGAGAUGCAAAGAUGAGACGGCGCCAGCGACUGCUAAAAGCCGCCGCAAGAGGCGAAGCAGACCACCUACGGUCGCAUCUUUCUCCAUUGCGGAGUCACCGGCAGUCGAGCAGUAUAUGCGGUUAUCAGGGCAAUGA